AUGGGUUCGGUGAAAGCAACCUACUUGGUAUUUGGAGGUUUUGGUCGUGUAUAUGAAGGAACACUGUCGGAUGGGAUGAACGUCGCUAUCAAGGUCUUCAACCUGCAAAUAGAAGGAGCAUUCAAGAGUUUCGAUGCUGAAUGUGAAGUAAUGUGCAACAUCCGCCAUAGAAACCUCGUCAAAAUCAUUACCGGCUGCAGUAAUGUGGAUUUCAAAGCCUUGGUGUUGGAGAAUAUGCCCAAAGGGAGCCUUCAGAAGUGGCUAUAUUCUGGCACUUGUUUUCUGGAUUUCCUGCAGAGAUUAAACAUAAUGAUCGAUAUUGCAUUAGCAGUCGAAUAUCUUCAUCAUGGCCAUUCAACGCCCAUUAUUCAUUGUGAUCUGAAGCCGAGCAACGUCCUGCUAGACGAAGAUAUGGUUGCCCACGUGAGUGACUUUGGUACCGGCAAACUUCUGGGCAAAGGAGAAUACAUGGCACUAACCAAGACCCUGGCUACGGUUGGAUACAUGGCACCGGAGUAUGGAACGGAAGGAAUGGUAUCCACAAGCGGUGAUGUCUACAGCUAUGGAGUCAUGUUGAUGGAAGUAUUCACAAGGAACAAUCCCACUCCCACAGAUGAAAUGUUUGCUGAAGAAAUGAGCCUCAAGUCUUGGGUGAAUCAAUCACUGAAUGGGUGCUCAAUGCUUGAAGCCAUGGAUGCCCAGUUUGAUUGAACAAGAAGAUCCACAUCUGUCUGCAAAGAAGCUUUGCGUGUCAUCUGUCAUGCAAUUGGCCAUGGACUGUGUGAAGGAUCUUCCCAGGGAGAGGAUCAACAUGAAGGACGUUGUGGCUACACUUCACAAAAUCAGACUCGGCUUUCUCUCAAACGUUAGAGAAGGCAACACUCUUUGAGGAGUGAGACCGAACAAAUGCAAUUAAGUAU